CUUUGAACCGCACAACGCGAUUUUGUAUCAUUCAAUCCCACUCUCUGUAUAUACAAUCAUGGCUGACCCAAAUGUGUCGCCCGAUCCGCGCCUCAGGCAACCGGCUCACUACUCCAGACAAGAAGUCGUGUCUGCAUUGAGCGACUUUUACGAGUUUCUCGCUACGCUACCUCACAUAGACUCAUCUGCCAUCGACCAUCCACCGCCUGGUGGCUGGCCCGAGAUCACGAACCAGUCCCUCGCUAAAUGGGAUAUCCACAAGCCGGACGAGGUAGUCGAGCUGCUUCGUCAUCUGCCUUACAUACGAGGCGAGAUCGGAGAGCGCUUCAAUUGGAUGGCACCGGAGUGCUUCGCGUGCGACUGGCGUCUCGCGAGCAGAUCCGACCUACGAGAGCUUCGACCGCCCCCGCCCGCCAUGCACUGGCUGCGCCAAAACUCGCGGGCGGAGUGGCAGUGGCCUGAGUGGGUGGUGCAGCUAACCGCGGGCAGGGACCGCGAGGAAUGGGUGCUUCUACUAGAUACGACGGACGGCACCGUGACAAGAUACUAUUCUAUGUACUACGUGUACAAGCCCACGUACCCCGAGGGCGACCCUCGGAGCUGGCGUGACCGGUGCUGCGACGAGACGCUGCCGAUACGAGAGUUUUUGGAAAAGUGGCGACAGAAAUACGUGCGCAUGGAGUGGCUCGGCAUUCCAAAUGAGAUACUUUCUGCUAUCCGGACCGGCUGGAUACCGUUCGAUGAAGAGGAGGGUAAGGGCGACGACAGCGAUACUGAAGAUGAUGAACCGCAGCCUAAGGGGAAGUGGGCGGAUGACACCACGAAUUUAGUUCGCAUCUACAAGGAGCACGGCUGGCCUCACGACUUCAAACGAGACGAGUGUAGACGAGCUUUGCUGGAGUGGAAACGAGCUCAACCUGAUUACGUAAAGAACUUGGACUACGAUUAAGGCACCAAGCGUACAGAAGGCUUCUUGAUAGCAUGCAUUGAGUAAUACGUUGAAUA